UCCGUCGCUCCUCUCCUCCUCCGUCUUCGUGGAUUUCAUUUCUCCUCCGCUUAUUUCCCUUUUCGUUAAAUUCCAUAUCAAAGCAGAAUCUGAGAAUCUAGAGUGCCCAGAGGAUAAUUCUUGGAUGAACCAAGAAUUAAAAGCCCUAAAUUGAUCGACAAUUCGAGAAUGAAGCGUCUCGAUUGAGGACAAACACUCUAGUUAAUUUCAGGAAUUUUAGAUUAGCUUUGAGGUUGAUCAAUGAAGCAGCAGAGAUCGCAUAGUAGUCCAUGUUUUUUUUUUGCCCUUAAUUUAUUUGGAAUUGAUUUAUGAUCAGUAUCAAACCUACUGACCAACUACCUUUCAGCUGAAUUGCAGAUAAAGUUUGCAUUGAGAAUAUUUGGAAUACAUAUAAUCGGUUAAUUUCUUGAAUGAUUCUGUUGAUUGUAUCAGAAAAAACCAGGUCUGUAACAAGGUAAAAGAAGGUUUGUGCUAUGUCAAGCAAAACUCGGAAUAUGCUGGAAGGUUUGGUUAAAGAUACUUCUUUUAAAUGGUUGCUCGGGAAACAAAGCUCCUUCGAUGAAGAAAUCGAAGAAAUGGGAAGUUCCCCAUCUGCUGGCACCAGUUGGAUACCUGAGCUUUCUCCUGUGGCCAAUGUGGUUGUCCGCAGGUGUUCAAAAAUACUCGGUGUGUCUGCAAACGAGCUGUGUGAUAGUUUCAAACAAGAGGCAUUUGAAUCUCUGAAGCAGCCCUCUCUAUUUGCAAGGAACUUUCUAGAGUACUGUUGUUUCAGGGCACUUUCACUCUCUGUGGGAGUAACAGGUCAUCUAGCCGAUAAAAAGUUUCGGCGUUUAACCUUUGACAUGAUGGUUGUCUGGGAAGUCCCAGCUGCUGCUAGCCAGGCUUUGCUCAGCGUAGAUGAAGAUGCAACAGUGAGUUUAGCAGCCUUCUCACGGAUCGCACCGGCAGUUCCUAUAAUAGCUGAUGUCAUCAUAUGUGAAAAUCUGUUCGAAAUGCUUACUUCAUCAACGUGUGGUCGGCUCCAGUUCUCUGUUUAUGACAAGUAUUUAUAUGGACUUGAGAGAGCAAUAAAGAAGAUGAGGACUCAGUCCGAAUCAUCUCUGCUUUCUGGUGUUCGAUCAAAAAGAGAGAAGAUUCUGGAAAUAGACGGGACAGUUACUACCCAACCAGUUCUUGAACAUGUUGGAAUAUCAACUUGGCCAGGUCGCUUAAUCCUGACGGACCAUUCACUAUAUUUUGAGGCCUUAAAGGUCGUGUCUUAUGACAAACCAAAGCGAUAUGACCUAUCUGAAGAUCUAAAGCAAAUAGUUAAACCCGAGUUAACUGGUCCUUGGGGCACUCGGCUUUUUGACAAGGCCGUUUCUUACAAGUCUAUAUCACUAUCAGAACCAACGGUUAUGGAGUUCCCAGAGCUUAAAGGCCACACACGCCGUGAUUACUGGCUCGCUGCAAUAAGAGAAGUUCUAUACGUUCACAGAUACAUAAACAAGUACAAGAUCACGGGUUUGGCAAGAGACGAAGCACUCUCAAAGGCUGUACUUGGGAUUAUACGCGUGCAAGCUAUCCAGGAACUCAGUUUGACAAAGUCCAUAUGUUACGAAAAUCUUCUACCGUUCAAUCUCUGUGAUCAGCUUCCUGGUGGAGAUCUGAUUCUUGAGACGCUUGCUGAGAUGUCUAAUUCAAGAGAGAUCCAUCGAUCAAAUAAAUCCAAAGAUACAGGGACAUUACACUCCUCAGCUUCAGAUAUGGUUUCACAACUGGGUUCUGUGUUUGGAGGAUCGAGUCCAAGGAGCAGAACAAGUGAGAAGAGUAGUCUUGUGGUAGGUGAAGUAGUGGUCGGAGAUGUGAAUCCAUUAGAGAGAGCAGUGAAGGAGUCGCGUAAGAACUACGAGAAGGUUGUUCUUGCGCAAGAGACGAUAAAUGGAGUCAAAAUGGAGGGCAUUGACACCAACUUAGCCGUAAUGAAGGAACUGGUGCUUCCAAUAAUGGAAACCGGGAACCUGGUUUUGUCUCUGGUGUAUUGGGACGACCCUAUGAAGUCUGUUGUUUUCUGUCUCCUGUCCACUUUAAUAAUUUGGAAGGGAUGGCUUGUUUAUGUCUUUGCUCUUGCGUCUCUACUCUCUGCAAUCUUCAUGGUUCUCACAAGAUUUUUCAGCAGAGAAAAGCUCAUGGUCGAGCUGAAAGUAACCGCUCCUCCACCUAUGAGCACAAUGGAACAGCUUUUGGCGGUCCAGAAUGGGAUCUCGGAGCUCGAACAGAACAUUCAAGACGGAAACAUCGUUCUUCUCAAGUUCCGAGCUUUAUUAUUCUCGCUUUUCCCGCAGGCGAGCGAGAAGUUUGCAUUUGCGAUGGUUGUUGCAGCUACGAUGAUUGCCUUUGUUCCAGGACGCUACUUGAUUCUGGUUGUGUUUGUGGAGCUAUCAACGAGAUACUCGCCGCCACGAAGAGCGAGCACCGAGCGGCUGAUAAGGCGGUUGAGAGAGUGGUGGUUUAGUAUACCGGCGGCUCCUGUGAUCCUCCAACAUGACAAAAACGACAAGAAGAAGAAAAAUUAAAGAAACGGCCGUUUUUAUAGUUGCACAGCCGGUACUGUAUGUACAUACAUAUUUCCUAUAGAUACUUAUGCAUGUAUGCAACUGAUUUUGUGUGUAAAUGAGUAAAUCUUUUGAGCCAAAUAUUAAAUUCAAUAAAUUA